GGACGGGGAAGAGAGGGCUAAGGACGGACUUUGUCAAAUGACAAAAGGCCAUUGAAUUGAAUGGGGAGAUCCGUUCUAUUCAUUAUAUUUCUAUGGUUGACAUCCUUCAUCCGGGACACGGUUAGUCCCCUGCUUUGCAGACACGCGCUGACUCUCACCGUCUGUACGAUGACAUCACGGGGUAUAGGAAUGGCGGCUCUGGCUGAUGGAGGAAAGAGCCAAAAGACCCUGAAACUUUACUUCUAACAUAAUUAAGAAAGAUUUUAAAUUGAUUGAAACAACAUACGGUAACGGAAUAGAACCGGAAGAACUCGAAUUCCGGUUGAUUUACUGUUCAAUAGCGACUUCCAUUCUCGGAAGUUGACUACUGGCACUGCUGACUUCAGGCUAACGUUGUUAGUUAAGCUACCUGCUAAUAUCAUAUAGCUAGCUUGUUUAGCUAACGUUGGUAGCAACGUCAGUCAUUAUUUACUCACAUUUUAUUGAUUGAUAAAUUCAUACAUAAUUAUCCGAAAUAAGUCAUUGUUCUAAUUAGUCGGCACGUAAUAUUGCUACUAGGCUAGUUUCUGAGGACAUUCACGAAGGUGAAAUAAAAAAAGAAAACCCUUCUUGCCAUAGCUAGCUAGUUACAGUAGUAUUUAGCUAAGCUGAGAAACUAGCAAAGCUGACCAGCAACGUCGCUCCUCUCGCCUUGUUGAGUCCAGUUAUCACAAGGAUAACAAAAUUAGUCUGCUGAUCGCGUACUUUUGAUGCCAUAAUGGAAAGUUUAACGUUAACUGAUGUGGAGCAGAAGUAUUACUCUGAUUUGUUCGUUUAUUGCGAUACGGACAACACCAAGAAAGUGGCUUCCAACGGCAAAGUUCUUGAUCUUUUCCGGGCGGCCCAGCUACCCAGUGAGGUUGUCCUGCAGAUAACAGAGCUCUGUGGAGCCACUCGCCUGGGCCAUUUUGGAAGGAGCCAGUUUUACAUUGCACUGAAACUCAUCGCUGUAGCCCAGUCUGGACUGCCUCUCCGGGUAGAGAGCCUCAAUUCUGUCAAGGACUUGCCUCUGCCUCGCUUUGUUGUGGCCAAAAAUGAGCAGGAGGCCAGACACACAGCCAUGUACCCCGACUUGGAGAACCAGGGGCCUUACCAGGGUGUGAUUCCACGACCCCCUGGCCGAGGGCAGGUCAAGAAGGUGUCUGCCCACGAGGUCAUCCAGCCCUGUGUGCCCACAGUAGAACCACAGCCCGACACCACAUCCCCAGUGGUAUCUCCCCACCAGUCCCCUCCCACCUCGCCUCAUGCCUGGAGAAAGCACAAACGGCAGGCAAGCGGGGGGAACGUAGAGAGACCUCCUGUGGUGGUGGCAGGUGCUGUCUGGACACCUUUCAGAGAAGUACAAUCAGGACCUGUGGUGGUAGGUGAUGGGAUGUGGUCUGCCCACUCACCUCCCCCCGUUCAGGAAAGCUGGGUCAGUUUGAAAGAUACUUAUCCCCCCUCCUCCAGCAAAAUGCCACCAAUGCAUCUCUCGCCGGUCCAGGAGAACUCUUCCAUACGAACGGUUGCGUCUAUUACUACAGCCAAUGAAAUCCAAAGACAGUCCAGUAGCGGUUAUGACGACCCCUGGAAAAUCACGGACGAGCAGAGGCAGUAUUACAUCAAUCAGUUCAAGACCAUCCAGCCCGACCUCAACGGUUUCAUUCCUGGUUCUGCCGCAAAAGAGUUUUUCACUAAAUCAAAGCUACCUAUUCUUGAACUGUCCCACAUUUGGGAACUUUCGGAUUUUGAUAAAGACGGGGCGUUGACACUGGAUGAGUUCUGUGCUGCAUUUCAUCUUGUUGUUGCUAGGAAAAAUGGCUAUGACCUUCCCGAAAAGCUGCCAGAGAGUCUUAUGCCAAAGCUUAUUGACUUGGAUGACUCAGCAGAGGUUCCAGACCAGGCCCCUGACGUCGGCUACUCGGGCUCCCCCGUGGAGGUGACCCCAAACAAGUCCCCCAUGCCCUCACUCAACCAGACCUGGCCUGAUCUCAACCAGGGCAACGAGCAGUGGGAGACUUUUAGUGAACGCUCCUCCAGCUCACAAACUCUGACCCAAUUUGAUUCUAACAUUGCACCAGCUGACCCUGAUACAGCUAUUGUCCACCCUGUUCCCAUCCGCAUGACCCCAAGCAAGAUCCAUAUGCAAGAGAUGGAGCUGAAGAGAACCGGAAGUGACCACACACAUCCUACCAGUCCCCUGAUGGCUAAACCACCUGAGCUUUCUGAAGAAACCAAGCUUGCCACCUCUAUGAAGUUUGUAACAGCUAACUCUGGUGAUGGUUAUAGCAGUUCAGAUUCAUAUACUUCAGAUCAAGACCCAAUUACAAGUGUUGUAACAAGACAAAGGUCUAAUUCUGGGACCUCUCCUGAAGGUCUAAAGGUGGCGGCUGCCCCCCCACCACCCCCUCCCAGGCCCAACGCCUCCCACUCCCGCUCCUCCUCGCUAGACAUGAACAGAAACUUUGCCGCUCACCCCACAGGGCCACAGCAAUCCGGAGUCGUGGCCUGUCCUCCAGCCAUACCUCCUAGGCCGCUACCCACACAGACCUCUGGUCCUCAUAGUGGGCAUCGCUCGGAUGAGGGCCUGGCAGCUCACUCCACUACCUCGCCCCAGCAGAUCCCAGAGCAGCCCAACUUCGCUGACUUCAGUCAGUUCCAGGCGUUCGCUGCCUCAGAUCAGCCCAGUGACGACGGGGAGAAGCACCCAGAGAGUCUGCCAGUAGAGAAGUCUACAGAAGGGGCUGGGCCUUUGAGAACUGUGAAGAUUGACAACCAGGAAGAGAGAGCUGCAGCUACUGUGAACUCUGCCAAAGGGUCCAUCAUGGCCCCCCCACCCAAACCUGUCCGCCGGAGACUGAAAUCUGAGGACGAACUCCAGGAUGAAGCCCUCCCCCCGAAGUCUAACGUCAUAGCCACUGUUCUAGCUACACUGCCAUCCAUUCCCAGGUCUGUUGGUAAGGAUAAAAAAGCAAUUCAAGCCUCUAUCAGAAGAAACAAGGAAACCAACACAGUUUUGGCCAGACUCAACAGUGAAUUACAGCAACAGCUAAAGGACUUACUAGAAGAGAGGAUAUCUUUGGAGGUUCAACUGGAACAGCUCAGACCAUUUUCCCAUUUGUAACCUGUGUGUGUGAGGAGGACAAGUCCAUGAGAGAAGAUAGGAGAGACCUGAAGGGGCCUUUUGUGUGAUGCACAUGUUAUCUCCGCUGUCCAUUCCCUCUGCAUUCUGCUGUCUCUUCUGUGGGAACCAGAUGGACUGACCGACCGUCUGUCUGUCGGACGGUCUGCCUGAUGGUCUGCCUGAUGGUCUGUCUGUCGGACGGUCUGCCUGAUGGUCUGCCUGAUGGUCUGUCUGUCGGACUG